AUGAUGUCAUCAGAUUUGAAAAUUGAUUAUACAAGUAAAUGGUAUUACAUUAACAACAUGUGUUUUAUCCUACAAAAUGAUAAAAUUUAUAGAUCAUAUUCAAUACCAUUUGGUCGUUUUGAACAAAUUUUUCAAGCUGAUGGAGACAUUGAAGCUUUAUGUUAUGCUUCAAAUGUUUGUGUUCUUGUUUCAGGUAGUAUGGUGUAUUCAUAUCCUGUAAGUUAUAACAGACAUAUUUAUUUAUCACAAGAUUUUUCACAGGAUCCAGAGAAAACACCAAGUUGGGAAUUGGUUUAUUCAUUCACUCCAAAAUUUACUCGAAAUUAUAGAUUUACUAAUUUAUUUUAUAUUGAUGGGUAUUUCAUUGCUUUUGGAUGUGGUGAUUUAGUAAAUAUCAGUAGUGAUGGAAAAAAUUGGUCUGAAAUCACAAAAUUUCAAGAUGUUAAAAAAGCAAUUUUCAAAAAUAAUAUGUUAAUAUUGAUGACAAUACCAAUUUUAACUUCUUACACGAUUUCAAUAUUAUAUAAUAAAUUCAAUAUUCAUAAUGGAUUAAAGAAGAAAGCAGAUAAGGAAUGGGUUAAUACUGAGUUAAAGAAGAAAGCAGAUAAGGAAUGGGUUAAUACUGAGUUAAAGAAGAAAGCAGAUAAGGAAUGGGUGAAUACUAAAUUAGAGAAGAAAGCAGAUAAGGAAUGGGUGAAUACUAAAUUAGAGAAGAAAGCAGAUAAGGAAUGGGUUAAUACUGAGUUAAAGAAGAAAGCAGAUAAGGAAUGGGUUAAUACUAAAUUAAAUACAAUGUUUGAGAUGAUUUACCCCAUUGGUUCAAUAUAUACAUCAAUGAAUUCAACAAAUCCAUCAACAUUAUUUGGAUUUGGUACAUGGCAGCAGAUAACCGAUCGUUUUUUAUAUUGUACAAACUCAUCAAAACAAACCGGUGGAAGUAAAACAAUUACGGGUGAAAAUUUACCUGCUCAUAGUCAUUACGUUAAUUUAAACACAACCGAAGCAGGAUGGCAUAAGCAUAGAUAUUGGGAUUGGUCAGGAAUGACAAAAGGUAAAGGAUAUGAUGUUAAAGAUGACGUUAAAUUUGCUAUUAAUUGUUACUGGAACGAUACACAGGGUUCAGGUAAUCAUACACAUAAUGUUUCAGGAUAUACACAAACGACGGGACAGAGUAAAGAUUACAUGCCGCCUUAUAUGACAGUUUAUGCAUG